AUGUCGUCGGCGGCAGCGUCGUACGAGAAUGUAGUGCGAGGAAAGCUACGGCUGAAAGGGAAGCCAUUGCUCCUCAAAGAUGGUGGAAUCGCGAAGAAGAAGAAGCGAAACAGCAACAAGGAUCUUCAUUACCAAGAUUCCUCCACAUCAGGUCGAAACACAGAACCUGUCACGGCCGGUCAAGCUGACGGCAUCACAGAGAAAGGAGAAGCGGAAGGUGGAUCCCUGUAUCUGACACAGGCCGAGAGGCGGUAUCUGCAGCAAUGGGAGAAGCUGGAUGGGCAGAGGAUGGCUAAGAUGGCAAGCAAAUCACACCGCGCGACCGGAUUCACGAGUUCAACCAUUGGACCUGGCUAA